CCACUCAAAAUUUUGACUAUGUGGGCCUAUAAAAGCAAAAGCUUGUCUUCUGCAAUCUCAAGUCAACUUAAGACAUUCAAUACCAUCACAUCCCCUCAUCUUCACCAAAACCAAUCACAUCCAGUGCCACCAUGCAAUCUAUCGUGGUUUUCUUCACUUUAUUGGCCUUGAGCUUGGCCGCCCCCCAAGAAGAUGAGAACCCCCCAAUGAUGGAGACCCCCGAAUACGUUGUUCUCACCCAAGCCAAGAUCGUGGAACUCUACGAGUUCCUUAAGGCUGAGCUGGAAGGAGAUGACCUUGAUCAAAUGGAACCCGUGGAACUCAAUAUGGAAGCCUUGGAGCUUGACACGGAUGAACCCGCUCGUAAGAAACGAAGCGCCGAGGCCAAACCCUUCUUCUGGCGUUGGCUUUUCGGAUACCGACGUCAUCAUGGUUAUGGACAUCGAAGACGCUAUCAUCAUUGAGUGAGUGUCUAAAAGCACCGGGCAUUCUGGGGUGCAAUUUAGGGCACCAUUUUAAGGAACUAAAUCCAGUCAUAGAAUUCGUAGAGAAGCAUCGGCUGCAAAUAAAACGCUUGAGAAAUACCAAAAAA